AUGAAUAUCGCAUCCUCGGUGUGGCAAAAGUGCUGGAUAAUGUACGGCGACAGCGGCUGGCGCUGCAGCACGGCGAAGAUUUCCUUGCUCGUGGGCCCUGUAGUCGCUUCGGCCGGGACGGCUUUUUUUCACGGCAACGGCAUCGCUGAGCUUGAAGACGAAUCCGGUGCUUCCCAGGCUGAGCAGCUGAGCUCGCUGCCAAAGCUCGAGGCAGACGGGAAGAGGAGCGACUCCACGGUCGUGAUCCAGGAGGCCACGGCCUUUAGGGACGCUGUCAAGUAA